CCUCGGCGCCCCGCGGCGCCCCCCGGUCCCGCCCGCCAUGCCGGGCCCGGCCGCGGGCAGCAGGGCCCGGGUCUACGCCGAGGUGAACAGCCUGAGGAGCCGCGAGUACUGGGACUAUGAGUCUCACGUCCCGAGCUGGGGUAAUCAAGAUGAUUACCAGCUGGUUCGAAAACUUGGUCGGGGAAAGUAUAGUGAAGUAUUUGAGGCCAUUAACAUCACCAACAACGAGAGAGUGGUUGUAAAAAUUCUCAAGCCAGUGAAGAAAAAGAAGAUAAAACGAGAGGUAAAGAUUCUGGAGAACCUUCGUGGUGGAACAAAUAUCAUUAAGCUGAUUGACACUGUGAAGGACCCUGUGUCAAAGACACCAGCUUUGGUAUUUGAAUAUAUCAAUAAUACAGAUUUUAAGCAACUGUACCAGAUCCUGACCGACUUUGAUAUCCGGUUUUAUAUGUAUGAACUACUUAAAGCUCUGGAUUACUGCCACAGCAAGGGAAUCAUGCACAGGGAUGUGAAACCUCACAAUGUCAUGAUAGAUCACCAACAGAAAAAGCUGCGACUGAUAGACUGGGGUUUGGCAGAAUUCUAUCAUCCAGCUCAGGAAUACAAUGUCCGAGUAGCCUCGCGGUACUUCAAGGGACCAGAGCUCCUUGUGGACUAUCAGAUGUAUGAUUAUAGCUUGGAUAUGUGGAGUUUGGGCUGUAUGUUAGCAAGCAUGAUCUUUCGAAAGGAGCCCUUCUUUCAUGGACAGGAUAACUAUGACCAGCUUGUUCGCAUUGCCAAGGUUCUGGGUACAGAUGAGCUGUAUGGGUAUCUGAAGAAGUAUCACAUAGACCUAGAUCCACACUUCAACGAUAUCCUGGGACAACAUUCGCGGAAACGCUGGGAAAACUUUAUCCAUAGUGAGAACAGACACCUCGUCAGCCCUGAGGCCCUAGAUCUUCUGGACAAACUUCUGCGAUAUGACCAUCAACAGAGACUGACCGCCAAAGAGGCCAUGGAGCACCCAUACUUCUACCCUGUGGUGAAGGAGCAGUCCCAGCCUUGUGCAGAUAAUGCUGUACUUUCCAGUGGUCUCACGGCGGCCCGAUGAAGACUGGAAAGCGACGGAAAAGCAACACUGCCUGGGUCGUGAUCCUUUACUUAUGACUGCUUCAGAUACAGUUGGCCACCUCUUUGUAUCACUGGAUGACCUAUGUAUGAUUUAUGUGCUGCUGCCCUUAGAGGAAAGAAAGAUGCCAUGUUUAAUCCUGUUUUCAUAAAUAAAAAUGUUGAUAAUCACCAGCCUUCCCAAGUGGGAGAUGAGCCACUGCCAAGAGGACCGUAAACUUGUAUUUCCUGUCUCUUGGGGGAGAGGAGGGGUAAACCUUGAACUUCAAAGAUGUGUGGGUGGGUUGUUGCAGUUAAUCACCUUGGUGUGAAGACUUCCCUUAAGCAGAAAUGGUGGGGCUGGGGCGGGGUGGCAGGGAUUGUUCUGUGUCUGGGUACUUGCUUGUGAAUUGUACCACUCAGAACUUGCUGCUUGGGAUUGACCAUUUCAUUGCAUGACUUUAACCUUUAUGGCAGAGCGUCCUGCACUUAAGAAAACCCACCUGCAGGCCCAUUCCUGGGAACUUAAGCGGGCACACGCUGUUGUUUAGCAGAUGGUAGUGUCUUUCAUUAGUACACUUGCUUCUCACUUGGCAGUCAUGCGCUGAAGAGUCAUUUCUUUCUUAACUGUGCAUCAUGCAGCCUUCCUUCAGGACUAAGCAAUAGAACCCUUUACCUAGAGAAAGUUUGGGUCAUGAAAUGUUUCUGUGUGACAGCUUCACAGGCACAUAGUCCCUUCUGACGAUGCUUUAAUGCUGUUCUGAGAUGCUGCUUCUAGAACUCUGCUGGCAUCUUGCGACUCACUGGACUGUGCUGGACAUGGAAGGAGAAAUGAGGUUUUCAGGCCAUGCCAGACAGCCUCUUCCAGGGGAGAAUUUAAAGUGUUUGCACUCCCUUGGCGAAUUUUAUUAGUGAACUGGGCCCUUUCCUUGUGUAAAUAAGGUCAUCUGAUUCUUGGUCCCAAGAUGUCCUCAAUAAAUUGGGGCAGGUCAGAUAUAGGGAUCUGGAGUUGGACUGCUGACCUUAUAGCUUGGUUUGCACAGAAUGGUCAAGAGUCUCUGGUGCUUCUAGAGCAUCCUGGACCCUAGAGAAGAGGAGGGACUUGGUCAAAGAAAGGCCCGGACAAAGACUGCCUCUGUAAGUGGCGGUCAGAAGAGGAAGGAAAAGGGUACUGUUUGAAACUGGAGAUCCUAAAGUCACUCCUUACCUGGUUCUCCACGAAGUGCCCUAGGAAAGAUGGGCUUGCAUCCCAGCACUCCCCAGGAGAAGGGCGCGCACGCCAGCGGAGGCCUGUCCUCACUGCAGGUCAGAUUGAUUAAUGCCGUCUUUCCCCUCCUCCCGUCUCUCUCCCCAGGUCUGUUGCGGUUCCUCCCACUUUUCCAUAAGCAGAACGAGAACCAAAUCAAACGUCUUAACGUGUGUAGAGCGAUCACGUUCCGUGAGCAGACACAAAACGGUGGCAGGUUUGGCGAGCGCGAACUAGACCCACCGAAGGGCAGCCCACCACCGUAUAUCAAACCUCACUUCCGAAUGUAAAAGGUUCACACGCCCUUGGCUUCCUGUUGACUUCCUCCUGACCCAGAAAGCAUGGGAAAUGUGAAGGGUAUGCAAAAAUGGUUGUUGGUUACUGUUGCUCCCUGGUGGCCCGGCUCGUCCGUGGCGGCCUGUUUCUCCAACAGAUCACGUUAACUUGCCGACCACAGACUCCGCAGUGGGGCUCGGGGCGAAUAUGGCAUGAGGGGCGGUUACAUAUUAUAAUUUUCAAAGUAUAUAUUAUUGAAUAAAAAGUUUUAAAAGAAA